UCCCCUUUCCGGCCGCUUGCACAACCCCGACUCCCGCCGGGCUGCCCGGGCUUGCCGUCGGACAUGCCGCGGCCAAGUCUGCGCCGCAAGGCCGAUUCUGCCAACCCAGACUGCAAUCGCGAUAAACCAGGGCGCGGCCGAUUCCUCCCGGGACCUCCCAUGGAUCAAACAAAAAUCCUGCUCGUACGCAAGAAACGCAGAGAGGGCCGACUAUCUUCCAGACAGAAUUUGAGGAGAGAGGAUGGCAUUCCGGAGGAGGAGAAGGCCGCUGGCGUGUGACGCAUUGCUCACCGACAGCCCCGAUCUGCUUCAAGCAUCGGGGCACCAAUUAAAGCCCUGCUCGUCCUCAGCAACGCGUGAAUUAUGGGGAAAGGCGCCACAUCGCGCCGCUCAAGCUGCAGCUCUGGCCAGAGGCAAAACACAGAGGAGGAGGAGGAGGAGGAGGAGGAGGAGGAGGAGGAGGAGGAGGAUGAGGAGGAGGAGGAGGAGGAGGGGGAACAGCUCGAGAGCUGCUGCGCGGUGGCCGGCCGCCCUGCCAAGCGGCUGGCUCUUGGGGCCAGGCCGAGGGCAGUGCGAGGCACAAGAGGGGAGGCCGGGGCCAGCGGGAGGGGGCAGGCAGGCAGACGGCCAGGCGGACGAGGGGCCCAAGAGAGAGGGAGAGAUAAAGAGAAAGUGGGGGCGGGUGGACUUGGGCGUGGACGCCGACGGAGAACGCGCCAGAGCUCGGUGCGCAGAAAGGCCUGCCGAUCACUCCGCCGCGCCGGCGGCCGACGGCAGGGCCGAGGGCGGUGCCGCGCCGCCCCAGCAGCGCCUGCUGCGGAGCGCGGCACUCGCGCACAGCAGUGCCGCCGCAGCGAACCCUGACAGCCGCCGCGGGCAGCGCGCCGCGCGGGCCGCGCACCUCGACGCCCCGGGCGGUGCUCUUCCGCUGCAGCGCGGGCCCCCGCGACGUGCCCGGCGGCGCCCCGCCCGAGCUGACGCGGGCCGCACCGCCGAGAUGGGAAAGCGCUCGGGCGCAUGCCCUCGCGGCAGCUCGCCGGGCGGAGAGCGCUGGCCGCAGCCGCGGCGCCCCUCGCCACGCGCGCCUCCACUGGCCUCCACGUCCUCUGUGCAGUUGCGCCGCGGGGGUCGCGGCACGUGGAACAUCGGCGCUGCCAGCAUCUCCUCGGCGCGACGGCCCAGCGCGGCGCGGGCACAGACGCCCAUGACGCGAGCAGCAGUACUCGCCCGCCGUCCCCGCGCCCCACUCGCCUCCGUCGCCAGGCUGGCCGCCAGUCACCUCCCACGCCUCGCAGCACGACGUCCGCUUCUCUGCUGCCCAACUGCUCCAGGCGCCCUCAGGCACGUCUGCGGGCCCCUCUCCGCACGCUCGCGACGUUAUCUCCUCAGCCGUGUCCGUCGCCUCGGCCGCGCGGCCACGACUCGCACUGCCCGUCUCCUCAGCCGUGUCCGUCGCCUCGGCCACGCGGCCGCGACUCGCACUGCCCGUCUCCUCAGCACCGUCCGUCGCCACGGCCACGUGGUCACGGCUCGCACCGCGCGUCUCCUGGGCUGUCUCCGCCGCCACGGCCACGCGGCCAUGACCCGCACGGCCCGUCUCCUCAGAACUGUCCGUCGCCUGGAACACGCGGCCACGACUCUCGCUGCCCAUCAUCCCAGCCGUGCCCGUAGCCUCGGCCACGCGGCCACGACCCGCGCUGCCCGUCUCAUCACCCUUGUCCGUCGCCUCGGCCGCGCGGCCACGACUUGUGCUGCCCGUCUCCUCAGCCGUGUCCGUCGCCUCGGCCACGCGGCCGCGGCUCGGGCUGCCCACGAUGACCUGGAGGCCGUCUCCGACGAGCUUCUGCGUCUGCGGGGGGUCCUCGAGCCGGGGUGCCUCGGACAUCGCUAUGAGGCUUGGGUUCGGGCAGCCGGUCGGCUGCGCGUGAGAGCAGCACCACAUGAGCUGAGCGGAGGACCAGUGCUUUUCCCAGUCGUCCGUGACCUCACAAUCGUAUGGCCGCACCGCUGCGCCAUCAAAGCGCAUGUGCUGGCCUGACCAGACCCCCUCGCAUCGUCAACAAAAAACACGACGGGACGGUCUUGAUCAUAGGCCACCGGAGGCCUUUACCGGGCCCCAGGACCGUCGAACCCCCGACAUCGCAAGUUUGUCCACAACGCGGACCCCCGGAGGUCUCGACCCGUUCACCAGAACGGGGUUGUUCAUUCUGAGCUGUUUCGUGACUGUCCCAGGGCCCGGCGAUGGCUGCCAGAGCCCGAAGGUUGUAAAAAAGUGCCGUCGUCAGUCUAAUCACGACGCGAGGAGGUCUGAGUCUGCCUGAGCCCACGUCCAGGGACACCCCUGGGCAGUGCAGGCCCCACCGCGAGCAGCACCACUCCUGCCGCGCACGGGGCCACCCUGCCGCCGCCCCCUCGCUGGGGCCGCAGUCGUAGGUCGCGGACGCCGCGGUGGCUUGUGCCGGCGCAGGCGAGGGCGAUGCCGCCAGAGGAGCUCCAGGCGCAUGACGACGGCGAGCCGCCGGCUCCUGCUGCCCGCCGCUGGAGGUGGAGCUCCCCGCCAGAGCGGCGACCAGGGAGCGCAGGCUCUCCGACCCUCGGGCAUGCCGAGGCGCAGCAGCGCUCGCCUCCUGCUCCCAGGCGUCCUCGCCCGCGGCAGCCCCAGCCGAAUCGUCCAGGGCAGCCCCGGCGUCUCCGCCCCCGCAGUGCACGCCCUGCGCGAGGCAGCACGCCUCUCUUUGUGGCUGCGGCCAGCGGGCAGGCUCUCCCUGCUGGCAGUCGUACCCCGUCCCCGCACCCGCGCGCGCGGGGGCAGCAAGCACACCUCCCAGCAACGCUGUCGGCCACGACGCCCAUCGCAGCAUCGCGGCGCAGCGAAUUCGCGGCCCCCAGAGCGCGCGGCGGUGCGCACCGCGCGGUGGAGCCGUGGCGACU